GGUGGCGCCUGCGGUGGGGGCCGGCGCGGCUCCGGGGCGGGGCCUGCGCCUGCCCUUCCCGCGCCCCGUUGCCCUCGGCCCGCGGCUCCGGCGGGCGCGACCUGUCCCCGCCGCGCAGGGGGCCGCGAGCCAGGCUGGGAAUCAGGCUCUCUUGGGCAGGUGGUGCUCCUGGACAGGCACCUGGUUGAUCCGUCCUCAGGGAUGGCGUCCAUCAACCCGUGGGCCUCCAGGGGUGCCCUUGUGGACCAGUCCUGGGGGAUGGCAGCUGUUGACCCGUGGCCCUCCUGGGCUCUGUGUCCUCAGGACCCUGUGUGGCACAUGGAGUGGAGCAACAAGGAGUGGAGGAGGGCUGCUGGUCACCCAGCAGACCAGGUCCAGGAACCAGUGACCUUCAAGGACGUGGCUGUGGACUUCACCCAAGAAGAGUGGGGGCGACUGGAUCUUGUGCAGAGGACCCUGUACCGUGAUGUGAUGCUGGAGACCUAUGGGCAUCUGCUCUCUGUGGGGAAUCAGAUCACCAAGCCUGAGGUCAUCUCCCUGUUGGAACAAGGAGAAGAGCCGUGGCCGGUGGAGCAGACGUGUCCUGAGAGCACUUGUCCAGAGUGGACGAGAGAUCAUGAAAGCAGUGCAUCGACCCCAACACAGAGUGCUCUUGAUGAAGGACAAGCCCACGGCAUGGAGUUAAAAAGAUGCAUAUGGGAUGAGCCUUGGUUCUCUAGGUUAGGAGUUUUGGGAUGUAAAGACCAAUUAGAAAUGUACCACACGAACCAGAGUACAGCUAUGAGGCAGAUGGUCUUCAUGCAAAAGCAAGUCCUGUCUCAGAGAGGGUCUGAAUUCUGUGAACUUGGGGCAGAGUAUAGCCAGCGCGUGGACUUUGUUCCAUGUCAGAGGGUUUCUCAGUUAGAGCAUUUCUAUAAUCCUGAUAUGCAUGCUGAAAGUUGGAGGUGUAACUCAGCCAUAAUGUAUGCAGAUAAGAUCACCUGUGAAAACAAUGAUUAUGAUCAGGCCCUCUACCAGUCUGUCCGCCCUGUUCACCCUAUAAAAAUGCAAACUGGAGAUAAUUUUUUCAAAUGUACUGAUGCUGUUAAAUCUAUCAAUCACAUAAUACAUUUUGGUGAUCAUAAAGGAAUGCAUGCAGGAGAAAAACUGUAUGAAUAUAAGGAGUGCCAUCAAAUCUUUAACCAGAGCCCAUCAUUUAAUGAACAUCCAAGACUUCAUUUUGGAGAAAACCAGUAUGAUUACAAAGAAUAUGAGAAUAUCUUUUACUUCUCAUCCUUUAUGGAACAUCAAAAGCUUGGUACUAUAGAGAAAGCAUAUAAAUACGACGAGUGGGAGAAGGUCUUUGGGUACGACUCGUUCCUCACGCAGCACACCAGCUCCUGCACCACGGAGAAGCCCUGCGAGUACAGUGAGUGUGGCAGGUCCUUCCUCUGGAGCUCUUACCUGAUUCAGCACAGGAAAAGCCGCACUGGAGAGAAGCCCUGCCAGUGUGACAAGUGUGGGAAGGCCUUCAGGAAUCGUUCCGCCCUCACCAAACACGAGCGGACCCACACGGGAAUAAAACCCUACGAGUGUAACAAGUGUGGAAAAGCCUUCAGCUGGAAUUCUCAUCUUGUCGUACACAAGAGAGUCCACACAGGAGAAAAGCCUUACGUCUGUAACGAGUGUGGGAAGUCUUUCAACUGGAACUCUCAUCUCAUUGGGCAUCAGAGAACUCAUACUGGAGAGAAGCCUUUCGAGUGUACGGAGUGUGGGAAGUCUUUCAGCUGGAGCUCCCACCUCAUUGCCCACAUGAGAAUGCACACUGGAGAGAAGCCCUUUAAAUGUGACGAGUGUGAGAAGGCUUUUCGGGAUUACUCAGCCCUUAGUAAGCACGAGCGAACUCACUCUGGAGCCAAACCGUACAAAUGCACUGAGUGUGGGAAGUCCUUCAGCUGGAGCUCCCAUCUCAUUGCACAUCAGAGAACUCACACGGGGGAGAAGCCCUAUAACUGCCAGGAAUGUGGCAAGGCCUUCAGAGAACGCUCAGCCCUCACUAAACAUGAAAUCAUCCAUUCUGGCAUUAAACCCUACGAAUGUAACAAGUGUGGGAAAUCCUGCAGCCAAAUGGCUCACCUCGUUAGGCAUCAAAGGACUCAUACCGGAGAAAAACCCUACGAGUGCAGUAAAUGUGGGAAAUCCUUCAGUCAGAGUUGUCACCUGGUUGCUCAUCGGAGAAUCCACACUGGGGAAAAGCCCUAUAAAUGUGAUCAGUGUGAGAGGUCCUUCAACUGUAGCUCUCACCUUAUUGCACACCGGAGAACUCACACUGGAGAGAAACCAUACCGAUGUAACGAAUGUGGGAAAGCCUUCAAUGAGAGCUCGUCCCUCAUUGUGCACCUGAGAAACCACACUGGGGAGAAGCCCUACAAGUGUGACCACUGCGAGAAAGCCUUCUGCAAGAAUUCCUCCCUUAUCAUCCAUCAGAGAAUGCACAGUGGAGAGAAGCGCUUCAUAUGCAGCCAGUGUGGGAGAGCCUUCAGGGGCCACCCGGCCUUGCUUCAACACCAGAGGAGUCACAGUGAGGAGACGCGGUCCUUGAAUUGAUCGGAGAGUUUUUGUUUCUUGUACAUUUGAUAACCCUUUGGAGAAAACCCUAUAAACAUAAUCGAGGGAAAGCUUCUCAUUAAGAGUUCCUGAUGUCCCCGUUAUUCAGUAGGAAAUACCUUAGAAGAAACGGUAUGAAUGAAAAAGAUAGGGAAAGGACGUCAGCAGUCGUCAGCCCUCCAGCCUCAGAUCCUCACAGGUGAGAGCUCUGGGCUCCGCACCUGGCCCACCAGUGCUGGCGGUGCUGGAGGACGUGAGGGGAGCAGGGCACCCUUAGUGAGUGCCUGGGCCUCUUUGUGGUCAGUGUGCUUUGUCAAGGGCGGCCUCAUGCAGUCGUGUGACUGGCAUGUACUUCCCGUCGAGCUCAAAUACUGGAUGGAAAUCUUUAUGACAACAUUUUGUGCGUAAUUGCAGAAAUGCAGAUAGAUUUUGCUACUAUAAGGGGAGGGUUUAGGUGCCCUUUGAGGGGUAGAGGAUGGGAUAUUAAUCUGAAUUUAAGAAAGGAAAUAGUAUAGUUUUGAGUGGGGAGUUUGCCGUUGGUCAAGAUGAGCCCCCUUAGAUGAGCAAGUGGGAUCACUGAGGGCAGACGGGUUGCUGCCUGGGAGGGUGAGACUGGUGUUGAUUGAAAGGUGACCUGUAUCACGUGGGUGCCAGUGUGCGUAGGGCCUGAGGCUGCUCUCGACUCCCUCGUGGGCUGGUAGUUUGUAAUUCGUUUUAGGCAGUCACUAUACGUUAUAACUGUGGAUACGGCUUCAGUAUGCAUAACACAAAGGAAUAAAGAGGACAUAGAAUUGUGUGUACAUAUCUACUAUCACAGAUCUAAUAAACGUGUGUAUGGAUAAGGACCUGCGAGACCCAUGGAGAAGUUAACCCAGUUAAUUUAAAAAAUGUUUUUGUUCUUCAAAUACGCAUAGUACUUACCACGUGCUGUUUUGUGUUAAAUGUUUUUCAGGUAUUAACUUGUUCAACCCAAUUGACUAGGUACUACUACUGUCCCGGUUUUACAAGGCGGGAACUGAGGCAGAGAUGCUGGGGAACCCAGCUCAUAAUGAGUGGAGCCGAGGUUGGCUCCAGAGUCUGUGUCCCUAACCACUGUGCUCUGCUGUCUCUCUAGUGGUACUUCACCCUCCUGUCCCCGCUUUUGGUCAGUGUUUCUAUGGUAGAGAUUUGAUAAUAAAAUUCAAGAAAAUCCUAAG